UAGGAACGAAAUUAUUUGCGCGUGCUCAGUUCGGGAUUAUAAAAUUAAAAUGGCGGACGAAGAUGACUUUUUCGCUUCGAAAAAAAAAAUCUACGUAUGUCAUCAUUUAUUCCAGCGGAUUAUUUUCGUCAAGAAAAGCGCAUCAAGCAAGCUGUCAACGUGAGAUGAAAGUAUUCAGAAUUAACUCCAACAUGAGGUCACACGUCGCUGACCUCGAGUACAAGGAUGCAUGCAAAAUAACUUUAAUAUUCAUUCAGAUCGGAAUAUAAAUGAAGCUGAUUGAUUUGAAUAUUCCAAGGACCAGUGAAUACAAACAACAGAAAUUUGCCAUAAAGGCCCAUAGUAGGCGUGUUUACCAAGUCACAUGUUAAAAGAAGUCAUUGUUGUCGAAGCAAACCCAACAGCAUGUCGACUACUGUAACACCGAGAACCACCAAAACCCAAGUGGAAGCUUCGAAGCGAUGGAGCGCUCCGCCGCGUUCACGGACGGUCGGGCGUGCAGUUCGAUCUCCCGACGAAGUAGUCCGGGAUGUUCGAGGCCUCAAGAUGCGACAGAGAGUUUCCUUGGCCCUCGCUGAUGAUAACCUGAGAGGAGAGCUGGAAGACAUUGUCUCGGCCCAUAGUCAAAGCCCGAUCAACGCGGACGCCUUCCGCACGUACCAAGACUUCUUGAUCCCAUCGGGAUCGUUGUACGGUGGUGGGUUCCCAAGUUUGUCCGCCUCUGCUAUAGCAGAUAUCAGAGGGGCCGAUACACUGCACUACUCUAAGUUUGAAAGGCAACUACGUUGCAAGGUGGCUUCGGUGUAUCGUCUCAUGCAGAUGUUUGGAUGGGGAAAAGGAGUUUUUGAUCGCGCUGCCUGCACGGUCUGUGCAUCUGAAAAUGACAAUGAAGAAAACAGCUAUUUUGUUGCUCCUACUGGUUUGCUUUUCAAUGAAGUGACAGCAUCUUCAGUUUUGAAAGUUGACCACAAGGGAAAUGUUGUCGAAACAGGAAACACCAACUUGGGAAUCUCACAGUCGGCAUUUGAACUUCAUGCUACCAUACACUCCACAAGGAAAGAUGCAAAAUGUGUCUUGUUCCUUUCAGCUGACUCUGUGAAAGCUGUUUCUGCAAUAAAAGUAGGACUUGUGCCAAUUUCUCAAGAAGGAAUAGCAGUUGGAGAAGUUUCCUAUCACACUUUUCCUGGGUUUACAUUGGAUGAAGAAGCCAGGGAUUCCUUAAUUAACAGCUUUGGACCAUCAAGCAGGGUGUUGAUUUUAAGGAAUUAUGGUGCCAUUUGUGUGGGAGAAACAAUAGAAGAAACUACCUAUCUUGCUUACCUACUUGUCACAGCUUGUGAACAACAGCUCUCUGCGUUGAGUGCCGGGGUGGAUGAACUGAUAAAGAUUGAUGACGAAGCCAAGGAACAGAUGGACAACGCAUUUUAUGGAGGUCUGGACGCUAAUGAGAAUCAACAGAAGAUGGCUGAAGUGCACUUUGAGGCCUGGAUGAGACUGCUAGAUUCCAGGGGCUGUAAGACGGGCUACAACUACCGCAACCCCGAAAUCUUCAAAACGGAAGUCAAGGAACCAAAAUCUCGCGAGGCUGCGCCAGCCAAGACGUCUAGUGCACGAACAGAGCUGACAAUCUACCGUGACGCCAAUAUACGCCGCAGCGCUUCCCUUGGGCGAGGCAACACCUACAGGAGUCGCCUCAAGUGGCUCAACUCACCUGUUAAGUCUACCGAGUACAGGCGAGAGCGGGAACUGGACAAUUCUGAGCCCACACUCAUUAAGGACAGGAAGCCAGAGAAAGAAAAUAAAGACGAUGAGGAAGUGUUUAUCACCACGAAAGUCGUUUCAGUUAACCAGUCUGCGCCAGAACUGCCAACAGAGGAGGUCACGGAGGAAGUGGUGACGUACGUGCAUGCGCAGGACAGGAACUUUUCUCCACAGGAGAUCCAGUUGUUGAUAGAUGACUCCCGGGAUAGCCUGGACGCUAGUGGAGAGCCCGUGGUGGUGGAGCUGGUACGAGAGCCGGUGGGUCUUGUGCGGAGGAAGUCUGGAAACAAGGUGAAGAAGCGACGAAGUUUUAGGGAUAAGUUUGCCAAGAGGCUGAGCAGCGGACAGUAAAAUAAUUAAGUUGAAAUCCCGUUGAUCUAACCUUUUUCCACACUGAAGUAUGUUGAGACUUUUGCAGUUCCCUGUAUUUUCCUUUUAACUCCUGACAUAAGGAAUAUCAAGUUUGUUCCUAGUGUCUUUGUUCCUACCGGACAUAGUGGGAAUAGAGGUUCUGGGAACGAGGUUUGAAAGAAGCAGAAGCCAAAGUCCAGGAUCGUCCGUCUGCGCAUACAUAACUUCAAUCAACUAAAGAAUGGUACUCGUGCGGUUUGUGAAGAAGGCUUAAAUGAGAAACAGUGUUUUGACGUGACGGGAUGUUUUUUUCGGAUUUAAUUGAGUUUACUCUUGCGAGCGCUUACGAACGAUCCCUGUCUUUUUCUGCCAGUUCCUAGGGAGAGGGGAAAUUUUAGAAUUUAAAUAUUGAGGGAUACGUUUUCUAAUGGGGUAAAGUCACACCUUUUUACAUGCAAGCAGAACUGCGCUCGCAUUCGCGCAAGAUCAGUUUUUACACACUCGUUACACGCAUACUGUGAAGUACACGCGCGCUUGAACGGCAUACACUUAAAGGGCUUAAAGGGCUUUCAUUGCCCGCUUAUCAACUACGUUACGUACGUUUCCUGUUUAUAAAUACUAGAGCACAUGAUCGCACGUGUAACGGGCGAAAACAAUCACAGGUACGUUAAUUAACCGCUUUUUAAAUUAUAUUCCUAAUACAUGAGCGUGCUUUUUCUCAGAAAUACACUUUUACCCUUUUAUAGAGUGUUGUUACAGAGCACCUUGAGUUCACACGUUUUUAUAUUAGCAGUGGCAUUUUAACUUUGGUAUAACAGAAAUGUUUUGAAUUAAAGGGUUAUCGUUGCUCAAGUUCUAAGCAAAGUCGUAGUGCUCAUUAAAAUAAUGAAACGGAACUGUUUUGUAAAAUGAAAGCGAAUCCGCGCUUGUAUUUGUUGACUAAGUUGCUUUGGAAUCGAAACUUUUGGAAAAUGUGCAUCUGCUGGGACAAUUGUU